AUGUACACCGAGGUCAAGGAGCUGGUCAACUUCCUUGCAAAAUACCUUAUUGGAAGAUUACCACGUCGCCCUGCAAGCCUUUUUACCUGCCAGCUUGCUAAUUUUCUGAUAUGUCGUUUUCGGGAACACAAAUGGGAACUGAACGAUCCGACAAAAGAUGAGCAGCAUCGCGUUGUGCGGUCAAAGGUAAAUGGAUUUACCGAUCAGCUGAUCAUAUCUGCUGCCACAGAAAUGGGACUUAGUUCUGAAGAGGUGCUAGAGUGUCUUCCAGAUAAUAUUCUACUGUUUGCAAAUCCUGGAGAGGUGUUCUACCGAGCAGGAGAGAAUGCAGCUGCGAUACCCAUUUGGACAGGCGAGAAAGGAGUUGAUCCGGAUCUCAAUUACUGUUCACUGCCUGCUUUCGUAACAAAUCCUGCUUGUGCAGCUACUACAACAACCACAACCAAUAUGGGUGCUGCUGGUAAACCUUUCUAUGUGGGAAGAUCUCGUAAAGCUGAUACAGCUUAUGAGAUAGAGGACGCAUACGUGCAAUUGAAACUGGAGCCGGUGCAAUCAUCUAACGCAGAUGAUAACGUCUUGCUCCCACAGACGGUGAGCCUUUUCUUGGCCAAGAAUCUGAUCCUGACCAGCUUUUAUUGCGGUUCAGCUUCAUCAAAAAUGCGCACAUGCUUGCUUGGAGCUGGCGACGGGCCGGAUGCGAAGGGAGCUAUUUCGCCAAGACCCAUCUUCCCGAAAUCGCCUACUAUUGCGGAUACAACGGUGAUUUUCUAG